AUCUCCCACCGUUAGAAGAGAAGCUAACGGCAGCAGCCCGAGGAGAGAAGCAGCGUCCAGCUUGGUAACGAGCCGUCGUGAAGAACAGUCGAGAACAGCUUUAGGCGAGAAACCAUGCCUCGUGUUUAUAUCGGAAGACUGAGCUAUAAUGUACGCGAAAAAGACAUUCAGCGAUUUUUCAGCGGAUAUGGAAAGCUCUCGGAAGUCGAUUUAAAAAACGGCUAUGGAUUCGUGGAGUUUGAGGAUAACCGGGAUGCCGACGAUGCCGUGUACGAGCUGAACGGGAAGGAGCUGUGCGGGGAGCGGGUGAUCGUCGAACAUGCCCGGGGACCGCGGCGAGACCGAGAUGGCCACGGUGGGGGUUACUUGGGUGGUGGGCGCAGUAGCGGUUACAGCAGCCGGACCCACACUGGCAGGGAUAAGUAUGGACCUCCAGUCCGUACCGAGUAUCGUGUCGUCGUGGAGAACUUGUCCAGCCGAUGCAGUUGGCAGGACCUCAAGGACUUUAUGCGUCAGGCAGGAGAGGUGACUUAUGCAGACGCCCACAAGGAACGCACAAAUGAAGGUGUAAUUGAGUUUCGGUCCCACUCGGACAUGAAGAGGGCCAUUGACAAGCUGGACGGUACGGACAUUAAUGGGCGGAAGAUUCGUCUGGUGGAGGACCGACCUCGCAAACGAAAGUCAUACUCUGGCAGCCGCUCCAGAUCUCGUAGUCAUCGCCGCUCCCGCAGCAGGAGCCGCAGGAGCUCUAAGAGUCGCUCCAGAUCCCACUCCAGGUCUGGUUCACGUAGCAACAAGAGGCGCGGCAAUUCCCGCUCCAGGUCUGGAAGGAAGUCUCGCUCCAAGUCAGGAGAGAGCAAAUCCCGCUCUCGCACCCGCAGGUCCCGUUCUCGAUCCCGCAAAUCUAAAUCUCGUUCGCGCAAAUCUCAGUCCGGUUCGGCCGACCGAAAUUCCAAAUCCCGUUCAAAGAGUCGUUCAAAGGUGAAGUCAGAGCGGGAUUCUCGCAGUCGAUCCAAAGAGGUGUCUGUUGACAAGAAAUCCCGCAGUCGUUCAGCUUCCCCAGUAGAGAACGGGAAGGAGGAGCAUGUCGCCAAAUCUCCCUCCCGCUCCCCAACCCCACACGAGGAAGACCGCCGAUCCAAGUCCAAGGAGAAAUGCUCAAGGUCUCGCUCACGGUCUAGAUCAGCUUCUCAGGAUUAGUGGAAUUAGAAAAGGAAGAUGUUUCUCAUUGUCAAGCUUGAUCUCUAUGCUGUACAUAAUGAGCAUUAUCAUCAUACUGGCUUAUGCUUCCUGGCUUGUCUACUUUUCUCCUUCAAGUGUGCACUUGUCUUAAACAUGUUUUAGAUGCCGUUUUAUUAGAGAAUGCACCACAGGCAACAAUUACACAUUUUCUCCCUGGUCAUUUUCAAAAACUGAAGUGCUUGUCUUCAAAUCUUUUAUAGCUGAUUUAAGUCAAAGACAUUUCAACUUGGUAAACUAGGUUUGUCACACCAGUCUUUUUCCCCCUUCUAUUUAUCAAAAACAGGUUUACAGUUUAAUUAAAAAAUGACGGUCUUUAUUUUACUUUUAUCAUCAUGAUUGUGCAUCUGUUUGCAACAGGCCUUUUUUCUUUGUUUGAUUGAUACAGUACACUAGCGUAAGUGUCCCCAGUACAUUAAUGCCUGGAGCCUCCAUCAGUCAUUGUUUGAUGUUUUUUUUUUGCUCAUUCAAACUGCAUGGUUGUGGGAGAAAAGUAGCUUUUGGCUACAGCAUUGCUCACCUUUUUUGAGCUGCCGUCUCAAUAAUUGCUUUCUCAAGGAAUGGGCGAUCUUUGUAUUGUCUUGCGGCACUCUAAAAUGCACAACUGGGCUGCAAGAACUUGUACUGCAUAUUUACAAGAAAACAUAAGGGUUUGUAUUUCAUGUUUGAACUACUUGCAUUGUAGGUGGACUAUUAAGAUCCCUUUUUAACCUCUUGUACAUAAACCGUGUAAUCAGCCUCAGAAACGAAUUUCUUUCUUUUUGUUGCUACUGAUGUUUGGGUUUUUUCUAACCCUGAGAAAGUAAUGUGUGGAUGACCUUUUUACCUUUUCAGUUUGCCUAUAGCUUCAAGGCCUCAAAUGCAAUGUCCCAUUUUUCUUGCAUUUUCUGCUUUGUUCUGAUUGCAGCCCUGAAAAAGUCAUUUUCAAUUAUCCAGUUAUUUUUUCAAGCCUCUGCUAUUUAAAGUGCGCAGCUAGUACCGGAGUUUUUGUACUUAAGAGGUACAUCAUUCAAAUCUCUGGAGGAUCUGUUUGUGGGUUUAUUACGAGCACCAUCAGACUUACUGGAUACAUCCCCUCUCCAUCUUGUGGAAUAGAUUCAUAUUUUUUCUCCAUGCAAAUGAGAUCUAAUGGAAAAAUGUCCUUUUUUAUUGUAUGUUCAAUUAAAGAUCUUAAUGAAAAAAU